AUGCCAGAAUCAAAUCAACGGCCACAUCAGCCUCCUCCAAACCAGCUUCCACCACAACAACAGCAGCAGUUACAGCAACAGCCUCCUAUGCAACAACGUCUUCAGCAACAGCAGCCACCUCCACAACAAAUUGCGCCACAAAAUCCACUUCAACCUAACCUCCAAAUGCCACCACCACCGCCGCAGAUUCCUCAAGAUUUCAUAUCGUUCUUCCAAGUGAUGAUGACUAAUCAAUCUGCCCUCAUGGAGCGCCUCUCGGAGAAUAUAUUUAAUAUGAAGAAGGAAAGAUCGACCGCAGAAUAUACGAUGGAGGUGCUAGCAAAAAACAUCCAAGAUUUUCAUUACGAUGAAGAAAACGGAGUCACAUUUGCACAGUGGUUCGAACGUUUCGCGACCACGUUUGAAGAAGAUGCAAGAGCGUUAACAGAGGAUGCUAAAGUUCGACUACUUUUAAGAAAGUUGGGUGCAUCAGAGUACUCCCGAUAUGUGAAUUUAAUUUUACCCAAUACACCUGCUAGUUUCGAUUUUAGUACUACAAUCGAAAAACUUAGCAAAAUAUUUGGACAAUCGGAGUCGAUCUUUAACACGCGCUUCCACUGCUUACAAAUCACAAAAAGCAGUUGUGAAGACUACACAGCUUACACUAGUAGAGUCAAUAAGAGCUGUGAGCAAUUUCAACUUGGGAAGCUGACAAGUGAGCAAUUUAAGUGCUUAAUUUUUGUCAAAGGGUUGCAUGCUUCAUGUGACUCAGAUGUCAGAACAAGAUUACUUGCAUUGCUGCAAUCAGGAGACGAAACAAAAAUUACGCUUUCGAACUUGCUAUUGGAAUGUCAGAGAAUUGCAACACUAAAGCAAGAUUCUCAAUUGCUCGAAACUGCACCACUCAAAGCAAAUGCAGUUUCUUAUGGCAGAAAGAAACAGCCGAACAACAAUGCUCUACCCAUCAGUCAUCCCGCAUCAGGCUGUUCCACAUCUACCAAGACAUUGCCGCGUACACCAUGCUGGGGAUGUGGUGGUAUGCAUUUUGCUGCAGACUGCUCAUUCAAGAACCACCAAUGCUCAUCAUGCAAGCGUACUGGUCACAAAGAGGGUUAUUGUUCUUGCUUUGCCAAAGCAUACACCAAUCAACAAUCAUCAAGACCCAAAGGCAAAUCCAACAAAAGACAACGAAAAUCAAAUGUAGUUGCAGUCAACACACUUCAAAAAGCAAAUCGCAAAUUUAUAGAAGUUCAUAUAAAUGGAUUAGCACUCAAUCUUCAAUUAGACACUGGAGCUGACGUCACAAUUCUAUCGAAGAAUAAUUGGGAGCAGGUAGAAUAA